CUUCCACAAGCCUCUCUAACUCACAGUCCUGAAGCAACACUCAGCUCGGUGCUGUGAUUUCGUCUCCAUUCUGAGGGUGCUGUGUGUACCCUGAACCAGGGAUUUCUUCCAUUCUUUAACCUGCAUCCACAUGGCCAUGCGAGGGCGGAGUCUACUCUUCAUCUUUUCCCUCCUCUUCCUCGUCCUGUCAUUAUCUGAGGCAAAAAAGAAGUCCAAGCAGCCAUCAGAUGCAGUGACUGGAGCAGAGAGUACGGCGGUAAAUCCCUUGCUGGGGUCAGGUCAACUAAGCACUAAGGAUGGGCACCGCUGCACAUGGGAGACGCUAGAGAGAGGAGCUAACAUCCUGCUCCAGGUGAGCUGCACCGCCCCAAGUGAGGAGGGGCUCGGACCUCACUACACGUGCCAGUUUGCUGGAAAACCUCAGGAAUGCUCCGUCUACAGCACUCAGUCCUCCCAGUACUGGAAACAGGUGGUGAGCAAACUGAAGAAACGAAAGAACGCUUGCGAGGGGGAGAAAGUCCUGAAAACACGCCUGUGUAAAAAAGCGCCCAGCGCAUCUCACAUGAAACUCACGGAGAGAAGUGGAGAAGAGACCACCACGCACAUGAGCAAGGAAAUGCCAGAAGAGAGCAAACGGAAAACGGAGGCACCCGCAAGGAAAGAAAAAGAAGUACAGAAAGAGAAGGAAGAGGAGGUGAACAAAGAAGAGGAUGAGGGCUUCGGAGACGUAGUGAAUGAUGGUUUCUCAGACAUGGAGCCCGCUGUGAGCUACUGCGGAGAAGGAUGGCAUUCUGUCUGCAACUUCUUUGUCAAGUUUUUUGAUGGUUAAAAAAAGAGAAACAUCUGCUAUCAAUGCUUUCUCAGACCCAGGGGACGAUAAGAAUAUUGUUGCAUGUCAAAAAUACGACAUUCAUCAUCUAGUUCGACAUCAUGGAUAAAAAAUCCUGUUGUGAAGAGGAAGACAAAUAGACAGAGAAAGUAGAUUAUGUAUAAUAUUUAACAAUCACACUAAUCACAUUAACUAUGAUCUUACACACAAUUAAUUACUUGUGUAUAUUGUAACUAAACCUGAUUUAACUUUUUGUAGAUAUGAAUAAUUGUAUUUUGUAUCCCACACAUGACCUUUUUACUCAUUAUGAAAACUGUUGUAUAUGAUUAUUGCAAAUAAUAUUCGGAACAACAACAAAAAAAAAUGUAAUGAAUUAAAUAUGUAUAUAUUUUUAAAAGCAAAAUUUUAUAGAUAUAUGACAGAAAACCAUUCCAUCAUUCAUCACUUAUAGAUCGCAGUGCUUAAUGAAAGAUUUAAAGUCCUUCAGCUCUCACACAAGAUGAAUAAAAGAUCCUUGCACUUUCA